AUCUCAUCCAACUAAAAGGGAGGGCGACUCCAGCUAGAAGCAAACUUCAGUCGUCUCUGCGGAACCUUGAUUCCCGAAUUUGGAGGGAUCGAGUGCCAGAAGGCACAGGACCUCACCAGGAGGCGCCUCUCUGGCUUCUCCCACCAAACCUGAACCUUAGACUGAGCCACGCGGGACGCAGAGGAAAAAAGAGGGUAGAGGAAAAUGCGGGGCUCCGGGCCCCGCGGUGCGGGACGCCGACGGACCGAGGGCAGAGGUGGUGGCGACGACGCCCCCUGCAUCCCUGCCUCUCUGGCAGGCUGCUAUUCUGCACCUCUUAAAGGCCCCCUCUGGACCUGCCUUCUCUUGUGUGCGGCUCUCCGGACCCUUCUGGCCAGCCCCAGCAACGAAGUGAAUUUAUUGGAUUCACGCACUGUCAUGGGGGACCUUGGAUGGAUUGCUUUUCCAAAAAAUGGGUGGGAAGAGAUUGGAGAAGUUGAUGAAAACUAUGCCCCUAUCCACACAUACCAAGUGUGCAAAGUUAUGGAACAGAAUCAGAAUAAUUGGCUGUUGACAAGUUGGAUCUCCAAUGAAGGUGCUUCCAGAAUUUUUAUAGAGCUCAAAUUUACUCUAAGAGAUUGUAACAGCCUCCCUGGAGGACUGGGCACUUGUAAAGAGACGUUUAACAUGUAUUAUUUUGAAUCUGAUGAUGAGAAUGGGAGAAAUGUUAAAGAGAACCAGUACAUCAAGAUCGACACCAUUGCUGCUGAUGAGAGCUUUACGGAACUUGAUCUUGGAGACCGUGUCAUGAAAUUAAAUACAGAAGUCAGAGAUGUAGGCCCUCUGAGUAAAAAGGGAUUUUAUCUCGCUUUCCAGGAUGUCGGCGCUUGCAUUGCUCUGGUUUCUGUGCGUGUGUACUAUAAAAAAUGUCCUUCUGUGGUAAGACACUUGGCUGUCUUCCCUGACACCAUCACUGGAGCUGAUUCUUCGCAGUUGUUAGAGGUGUCAGGCUCCUGUGUCAACCAUUCUGUGACAGAUGAUCCUCCCAAAAUGCAUUGCAGUGCUGAAGGGGAGUGGCUGGUUCCCAUUGGAAAAUGCAUGUGCAAGGCCGGAUAUGAAGAGAAAAACGGCACCUGCCAAGUGUGCAGACCUGGGUUCUUCAAAGCCUUUCCUCACAACCAGAGCUGCAGCAAAUGUCCACCUCACAGUUACAGCCAUGAGGAAGCUUCCACCUCCUGUGUCUGUGAAAAGGAUUAUUUCAGGAGGGAAUCUGAUCCACCCACAAUGGCAUGCACAAGACCCCCCUCACCUCCUCGGAAUGCCAUCUCAAAUGUUAAUGAAACUAGUGUCUUUCUGGAGUGGAUUCCGCCUGCUGACACUGGUGGACGGAAAGAUGUGUCAUAUUAUAUUGCAUGCAAGAAGUGCAGCUCCCAUGCAGGUGUGUGUGAGGAGUGUGGAGGUCAAGUCAGGUACCUCCCCCAGCAAAUCGGCCUGAAAAAUACCUCUGUCAUGAUGGUGGACCUACUUGCUCACACAAACUAUACCUUUGAAAUUGAGGCAGUGAAUGGAGUGUCCGACUUGAACCCAGAGACCCGGCAAUAUGUGUCUGUAAAUGUAACCACAAACCAAGCAGCUCCUUCACCAGUCACCAAUGUGAAAAGAGGAAAGAUUGGAAAGAACAGUAUCUCUUUAUCUUGGCAAGAGCCAGAUCGGCCCAACGGAAUUAUCCUGGAAUAUGAAAUCAAGUACUUUGAAAAGGACCAAGAGAGCAGCUACACAAUUAUCAAGUCUAAGGAGACCACUAUUACCGCGGAGGGCCUGAAGCCUGCGUCUGUGUAUGUCUUCCAAAUUCGAGCACGUACAGCAGCAGGCUAUGGUGUCUUCAGUCGAAGAUUUGAGUUUGAAACCACACCAGUGUCAGUUGCAGCAUCCAGUGAUCAAAGCCAGAUUCCCAUCAUUGCAGUGUCAGUGACAGUGGGAGUCAUCUUGUUGGCAGUGAUGAUUGGCUUCCUCCUCAGUGGCAGUUGCUGCGAAUGUGGCUGUGGAAGGGCUUCUUCCCUGUGCGCUGUUGCCCAUCCAAGCCUAAUAUGGAGGUGUGGCUACAGCAAAGCAAAGCAGGAUCCAGAAGAGGAAAAGAUGCACUUUCAUAAUGGGCACAUUAAAUUGCCAGGAGUAAGAACCUACAUUGAUCCACACACCUAUGAAGAUCCCAAUCAAGCUGUCCAUGAAUUUGCCAAGGAGAUUGAAGCUUCGUGCAUCACCAUUGAGAGAGUCAUUGGAGCAGGCGAAUUUGGUGAAGUUUGUAGUGGACGUUUGAAACUACCAGGAAAAAGAGAAUUGCCUGUGGCUAUUAAAACUCUUAAAGUAGGCUAUACUGAAAAGCAGCGCCGAGAUUUCCUGGGUGAAGCAAGUAUCAUGGGGCAGUUUGAUCAUCCAAACAUCAUCCAUCUAGAAGGCGUUGUGACUAAAAGUAAACCAGUGAUGAUAGUGACAGAGUAUAUGGAGAAUGGCUCCUUGGACACAUUUUUAAAGAAAAACGACGGGCAGUUCACUGUGAUUCAGCUUGUCGGCAUGCUGAGAGGUAUCGCUGCAGGAAUGAAGUACCUUUCUGACAUGGGCUACGUGCACAGAGACCUUGCUGCUAGAAACAUCUUAAUCAACAGUAACCUUGUGUGCAAAGUGUCUGACUUUGGACUUUCUAGAAUACUGGAAGAUGAUCCCGAGGCAGCCUACACCACAAGGGGAGGCAAAAUUCCAAUCAGAUGGACUGCCCCAGAAGCAAUAGCCUUUCGGAAGUUCACCUCUGCCAGUGAUGUCUGGAGCUAUGGAAUCGUAAUGUGGGAAGUUGUGUCUUAUGGAGAGAGACCCUACUGGGAGAUGACCAAUCAGGAUGUGAUCAAAGCAGUGGAAGAAGGCUACCGUCUGCCAAGCCCCAUGGAUUGUCCUGCUGCGCUCUAUCAAUUAAUGUUGGAUUGCUGGCAAAAAGAUAGAAAUAGCAGACCCAAGUUUGAUGAAAUAGUCAACAUGCUAGACAAGCUGAUACGAAACCCAAGUAGUCUGAAGACACUGGUUAAUGCAUCGAGCAGAGUAUCUACUUUGUUAGCUGAGCAUGGUUCUCUGGGGUCUGGGGCCUACAGAUCAGUAGGUGAAUGGUUGGAAGCAAUCAAGAUGGGCCGGUACACAGAGAUUUUCAUGGAAAAUGGAUACAGUUCAAUGGACGCUGUGGCUCAGGUGACCUUGGAGGAUUUGAGGCGCCUGGGAGUGACUCUGGUCGGUCACCAGAAGAAGAUCAUGAACAGCCUUCAGGAGAUAAAGGUGCAGCUGGUAAAUGGGAUGGUGCCAGUGUAACCUCCACAGGGGUCACUUCUCCAAUUGAACAGCUCUGCACUUUGUAAACAGCCCUGAGAUUUAUUUUAA